CUCUCAUCAAGAAAGCAACGUUAUCCACGCAGCAGAGUGACGUGCUACAAACGCCACUUCAGGAAGCAAAGGACUAGAACACAUUUAUGAAAUACAAAUCGAAAGUAUAAUAAUCUUUUGGUUUCCCUCGAGAUCAAGUCACUGCAUGGGACGAACCAGUAAAAAACAUAAAUAAAUAAAAAAUAAAAAGGAAACGACAGCAUCUGGAGUCUGGAAGUAUUUACCUGUUGCAGGCAUCUGUUCAGCAUAAAACCAGACAUUAUUAGCUGCAUACACACGCUUCCCUCCUUCUUGAAGAUUUCUCAAUAAACUAAACAGCAACAAGGGAAAACAAUGGGGCAAAGUUUACAGAAAAGCUGUAAAAGUCAUAGCGGUGGUGAUGGAGAGACAGAGUUCUACAUGGACUUAUCCCAACUGCCCGAAGAAGUUCUCAACCUUAUUCUCAGACACCUCCCAGCUUCGGUUCUGCUCAGAAAUUGCCAGUAUGUCUGUAAGAGAUGGCACAGUGUGAUAGACAGCCAAGCAUUCUGGAAAUUCAAGGCUGAGGAAGAAAAAAAACAUCUACAAAUCGUCAAGAAAUGUGUACCUGCCAACUUUGACUGGAAGAGGUUAUGUCUCAAAGGACCGUUUAACAAAAACUUAAUCCAGAAUCCUUUUGGUGAAGAGGGCUUCAAAGGAUGGGACAUUUCAAACGGGGGAGACGGGUGGUCAAUUCGAACGUUCCCUCCUGAAGACCUCGCAGGAAUCUGCUCCACGUUUGUUUCGUCAUACUUCUGGUGUAGAAAAUCUCAAACAAUUAAUCUUCUUGAAGUGGGGCUUUGGGAAGACAUCCUGGAUAAUUAUCAACCAGAGAUCUGCAUAGAAGAUUGGUAUUCAUCCCACAGGGACUGCGGAGGAGAAUAUUUGAUGAAAGUCAAGUUAUUAGCAGCAGAUAAACGGACAGUGCUACAGAAAUACAAUUCUGGAUUGAAAAUCGUUCCAAUUCAACCAGUUCAGUGCUGGGAAAAGGUCAUCCAUGUGUUUUACAACUAUGGACCCGGAGUACGCUAUGUAAAGUUUAAACAUGCAGCAAAGGACGUCUUGUUUUGGAAAGGCCACUUUGGAACAUGGGUCACAAAGACCUCCCUUACUGUUAGGUUAAAAGAUCAUGUCAAAAAAUGAACUUUGGACAGAAUAGUGAAUGUAAGUAACAUCAUAAGAUCCCUUGCAUACCAUGCAAUGCAAACAUAUGUCUUUCUCAGUGUUUUUAUGUGCAACUAUUCAGCAACAACAAUGGGAAAGCAGAAGGCUCUCAAUGACUUCACAAUGGGCCGUGCAAUUGGUUGAGUUGAGCAACGCGUCCAUCAAAACUCCCUAGCUUUCCCAGGAAUGGAAACAUUUAUAGAGAACCACUAGUGGAAAGAAAGCACAACUCAAGCAGGACAUGACGGAAUGCAGACUAGUGCAACGUAUUGUGACACUCAACAGAUGUCCCACUGUAGCCCAAAUCAGUGAAGCCGCCACACCUGUUUUUACUCUAGCAAUGCAUCAAAUUGUACCCACAUUGUAUCUGCUGUUUGUCUUGUAUCCAGUUUUUAGAUUUCUAUUAGGGGAGUGCUAACCAAAGUUGUACCUGUUUGUGGCUUUAGUAGCAUUAUCACUGGCCUCCUUUUGGUUAUUUGCUUGUGCAUUAUACUUCAUUGUGUGAUAUAUUGAUCUAUCAAGUAAAUCAAACCAAAUCUGUUUCUUCCUGUUAUCUAAUCAGUUCCUGUGCUGUAGGUCACAUGGUCUGAUUUUUGUACCAGGAAGUAGCAGCAACUUCUACUGCAUUGGAAUUGUCUUUGAAAUACCUGCACAUUCCAAGCUGAUGUAUAAAAUACAAAAUAAACUGAAAUAAUCAGGGGGAUCAAAUAAUAAUGAGAGGUAAUACAUGUACUUCUAAAAACAAUAUUCCUUCACAAAUGAUCUUAAAAUACAUUAACAGCUUUUUUG